AGCAUAGCGUUUUUCUUUUGUCCCUGCUUUCCUUAAUUUUAACCAUCGUUUCACGCCGUGGUGUAAACUGAGCUGCUGUUGCGGGUGAAUUCCAGCGGCGAUUGCGUCACGCGGGUCUCCGUCAGCGCUGGCGGGAGUGUUUCUCCGGGACGUCCCGAUGAAGGAGGGGCAGUAGUGGUGCGGUGACCCCCCUGCUUGCUUUGACAGUUCUGAGAGACUCUACUGAGAGUGCAAAAAAACCCUCCUGAACCGAGCAAGCGGGACCCGCGCGCAGGGUUUGAGUAUCUCGUGCCAGCGUAAAUUUGGGCACAUGCGCGUUUUGGGACUGUCUGUAGAUAAGAUUAUUCCUGAGUUUGGUGGGAAACUUUGUUUUUUGGGACUCGCUGGGGGACCAGUCUCUUACAUCCUCGCAGAAGCGGUUAAUCUCGUGGACAGGAGCAAUCCAGUAGCGGAUUGACAGACCUGCAGUCUCUCUUUCUGCUGUCAGACACACCUGAGAAACAGACAGACUAACAGAGAUGUACACAGCGCUUCUGCUCUCCUCCUCUUUGUUUCUCCUGCAUGUGACCAGCACACCUCAGACUCACAGUCAUCACGGGAGGAGAGUGUGUGUUGGUGAUGUCUGGAGUCGUCGCGUGUCUUACAGCACAGAGUCUUUUCUUCAGCCUGUACACAAACCCUACAUCACCAUGUGCCAAAACCACCGCAUGUGCAGCACGUACAAGACCAUCUACAAGGUUUCUUAUAGGCAGGUGAGCAGAGCAGCUCCUAAUCUACAAAUUUACCCAGAAUGCUGUCCGGGGUGGAGGCGCAUGCAUUCACACAACUGCAACCAAGCGGUAUGUGAACAGUCUUGUGCAAACGGAGGCUCGUGUGUAAGGCCCAAUCACUGUGCCUGUCUGAGAGGAUGGACAGGACGAUUCUGCCAAAUAGAUGUGGACGAGUGUAAGGAGGCUCAGAGCUGCUCUCAGAAGUGUGUGAAUACGCUGGGCAGUUUUCAAUGUGUGUGUGAGGAGGGAUUCAGUCUGGAUGAAGAUAAAGUCACAUGUUCAAAAAAUCCUGCUUCCUCACGGAACACUGGUGGAGGUUUGGGGUUGGUGGAGAACGUUACUGAAGAGGUUCAGAUCCUAAAAAACCGAGUGGAGCUCCUGGAGCAGAAACUGGAGAUGGUUCUAGCACCCUUCACCACUCUCCUACCUCUGGACGGAGCAGGGGACACCAACAGCUUCCUGUCUGAGCGAACCAAUUUCCUGUCCCACUCUCUGCAGCAACUGGACCGCAUCGAGUCGCUCAGCGAACAGGUCGGCUUUCUGGAGGAGAGAAUCGGAGCCUGUGGCUGUCAGGAAAACUAGACGAUCAACGUCAUCACUGAUCACAGGCUGACCCAUCAAACAUGUUCUCAAAAACACGAGGGAAAUCAUGUUGAAACUCUUUAUAUGGCACACGAGCCGGUGAUUGAUAUUGUUCAUGUCGUGUCAUUUAACUGUUGUGUAAGUUUGAGUCAGGAGAAAUGUAAAUUUAUGUAUUUAUAAUUCCAUGUUCUCGUCAUGAGUUAUGCUUUUUGGAUAAGUUGCAUUCCUUUUUUACGUCUCAUUUUGUGUAAUAAAACUGCUUAAAUCUUA